AUGGCAGCAUGUUCAGUAACCGUGCUGGCAGAUGUGCCACCAUCACCACCACCCCUGACCUUGCCAAAGAUCCCGGGCCUAGUGCCACCAGGGAUCCCAAGCCUAUUGCCACCUGGGAUCCCAAGCCUAUUGCCUCCAGGGUUCCCAGGGCUACUGCCACCAGGGAACCCGGGUGACAUAGCAAAGUGUUGGUCAUCACUUCAAAAUGUUCCAGGGUGCGCAUGGGAAAUUUAUACGUCAAUCUCUACUGUGGUUUUCUGCUCUGUAGAAAUUGCAGCACAGACAAUGCUCGUUGAUCAGUUCCAUAUACCUGGUGAGGAGAAACGACUGUUUUUCAAGUUCAUUGCUGAGUUAAAACUCCAGAUGCCGCAUAUAAAUGACACAGCCAUAGGAAAGCAGGACCCGGAAGAAAAUAUAUGGGAAACUGUAGUGCCCUUAAGGAUGCGUAAAGAAGUGCCGCCACAAGAUGCAGGAGCGCAGAAGGUGGUGUUUGGCUAA